AUGAGUCAGGAUCUCCAUGAGGAAGAGGAAGAGCAAAUACCAAUGAUUACACCAAAAGCUAUUAUGGACUCAUGUGUUAAAAACCAGCUUUAUACAAUCCCAGAGCUCAACGAUGUUCUUUAUUUGCAUUUCAGUGGCUACCAAAAAAUCGCUAACUUAGAGCCAUAUGUAAAUUUGACAUCAAUAUGGCUUAACAACAACGCUAUUUAUGAAAUUGAAGGAUUAGAUACACUUACAAAUCUUGUCUGCUUAUAUCUUCAAGGAAAUGUUAUCCAAGAAAUCAAAGGACUUGAGAAACUCGUUAAUCUCGAAACAUUAGUUCUUUCUCAUAACUACAUUUCAAAGAUUACAGGACUUGAACAUUGCCCAAAGUUACAUACGCUUGAAAUCGAUCACAACAGGCUCAAAGAUGCUGCAAGUAUCGAGGGACUGUUAGCUGUCAAAGAUUCAAUUGGUGUUUUGAACUUGGCUGAUAAUAAAUUCGAAGAUGAAUCUUUAUUUGAAGUUAUAUUCAAACUUCCUAACUUAGGAGUUCUCAAAUUAGAAGGAAAUGAGAUUGCUCGUACAAUGAGUGGCUACCGUAGAAAGAUUAUUACUACAUUAACAAAUCUAAAUUAUUUAGAUUCACAACCAGUUACAGCUCAAGAGCGCCGUAUAGCUAUUGUAUAUCUAGCUAAUGGCCCAAGUGCUGCAAUGCAGGAGCGAAUAAAGAUUAAAGCGGAAAAAGAAGCCGAAGAUGAAAGAAACAGAAAACAGCAGAGAAGAAUUUAUCGUGAAACAGCCAGGAAACAAGGUAUUGAUAUCAGUCAUGACAGAUUCUUCCUCUCUAGCGAUGAUGAACUUCCAGAAGAUCAUGAAGGAGAAGAAAAUCUCGGAAAAGGUGAAUUAGAAAAGAUAAAGAUUGAACAGGAAAAGGCUGAAGAGGAAGAUAAAGAUUCCAGUGAUGAUUUCGUCAUGUCCGAAGAGAAAGCAGAAGAAAAAUUCGUAAAAGAACAACCAUUAAUCCAAGAAAUUCCAAAUGAGCCAAUAAUUCAUGAAGAAAUAGAACAAGAAUACGAACAAGUAGGUGGUGAAGAUGAAAAGAAGUCAGAUUCUGAUAGUGAAGAUAUUUUUGCAUUAGAUUAA